UUGUAAGGUUCGAAAAGGUAGAGACUUAAAUAAAAAGAAAAGUCGCCCCUGAAAUUCUGGCAAAUGCCGAGUUAGCUGCGAAGUUGCCUAUAAACGCUAUUGGCUGAAAGUUUGUUAUCACAGAUAAGGCAGCAUUCAGUGCUCCAUGAAGUCAGGAGCUGGUAUACUUAGAGCGAAAUGGCAAUAUCACCUGUUUCACAAGCUGAAAAGAUCUUGUAAUUUUAGAAAGAUUCUUGAUUAAACUAUUGCCGUCCUUGUCUAACAAUUUAUUGAUUUUAGAAAACUAAUUAUGCAGAAAAUUUUAUUGAUGCUUGGUGAUGGUAUAUCCAUUUUUGUUUUUACUCCAUCUUCAGCGGCUUAAAUUUUAUUAUAAGCUUUAGUUCCAGAAGGUCGGUAGUGCCGAGCAGCACGUGGUCUCGUCUCUCUAAAAGCUUACAAGAUCUUUACACAGGGGUUCGAUGCCGGGGGCGCGGGCCUGCGCACGUCGGCAGCGGCUGUGCAGGGGUCGCUGUCAGUCGAGUUGAGAACACGCGCCAGCCUGUCGCAUGCUCCUCCUCUACGUCUGAACGAUACAUUCAAACUUUUAGUCUGUUCUCUAAUCAUAUCCUUCUCAGAAAGACCUCAUUUUAAUAUACCGAUACAACUUAUUGAAUUGCUUUCAGACUCUUUUAACGCAGUUUGUAGAACUUUUCUCACAGUGGUUGAACUUUCGCCAAAGAACUUUCGUGGCGGGAAAACAAUUUCAUAUCUCUCUUGACGUGCCGUGUCAUAUGUGUACGUAGAGUGGAGGGGGCGUUUGUCUCGGCCGGAGACAUGGUGUAUACGUCGUGAAUCGAUAUUUUUGGGACAUUCUUCGGCAGAUACCAUGAAUUUCGAGGCAAAAUAAAGGAGAGAAGAUGAAAAAUGCACGAAGAGGUGAUCAAUGACAGCAUGUCCCCGCCGCGAGCGAUGACCCAGCGCGGCGCGCGCGUCGGGCCGGGCGCGGCGGCGGCGGCUGGGCCCGGUCACGGCGCGACGCACCAUCCACCUUCAAAACUACAUUUUAUACAAAAUUACACGCUUAUUAGGUUAUACCUACUCUCUUUACGGGUGAUAUCAUACUUAUAUCAAAACGCCUCCCUCUCGCGAGCGCGGACGAACAUUAAUUUUUCAAAGCGUCCGCUAGUCAAAUUAAAAGAUUUUGUACAUUCCUUAAGAACUAGGACAAUUAUUUCCGAUGUUAUGUCGUUAUUAGUCGAGGUAAUAGUGCAAUUAUUCGUUGUUGCCAAGUGUGUGUGCGUGGCGCGGAGUCGAUGGAGGUACGGUGGGCGGAGUAAAGGCGGGCGAGCGCGAGCGCUGGUGCUGUGGCUGAGCGUGUUAAGUGCGUGCGAGGGAAGGAGAGACAACGACCUGCACAUCGGGGGCAUCUUCCCGAUGGAGGGCGAGGGCGGCUGGCAGGGCGGGCAGGCCUGCAUGCCUGCCGCCGAGCUGGCGCUGGCCGACGUUAACGCGCGCUCCGACCUGCUCUCCGGUUUCAAGCUCCUGCUGCACAGCAACGAUAGCAAGUGCGAGCCGGGGCUGGGUGCAAGUGUAAUGUACAACUUGCUCUACAACCCGCCACAAAAGCUGCUGCUGCUGGCAGGCUGUUCCACCGUGUGCACCACCGUCGCUGAAGCCGCCAAGAUGUGGAAUCUCAUGGUUCUAUGUUACGGCGCAUCAUCGCCUGCGCUCUCCGACCGGGCGCGCUUUCCCACACUGUUCCGCACGCACCCCUCAGCCACCGUCCACAAUCCUACGAGGAUAAAGCUCAUGCAGAAAUUCGGCUGGUCUCGCAUCGCUAUACUGCAGCAAGCCGAGGAAGUGUUUAUUUCGACGGUGGAGGACCUCGAGGCGCACUGCAAGAAGGCAAGCAUCGAGAUCGUAACGCGCCAGUCGUUCCUGUCGGACCCGGCCGACGCCGUGCGCAACCUGCGGCGGCAGGACGCGCGCGUCAUCGUCGGCCUCUUCUACGUGGUGGCGGCACGCCGCGUACUCUGCGAGGUCUACAAACUCAAGCUUUACGGAAAAUCUUACGUGUGGUUCUUCAUCGGUUGGUACGAAGACAACUGGUUCGAAACUAACUUAGAGAAAGAAGGUAUCGACUGCACUGUGGAACAAAUGCGAGAAGCUGCCGAGGGCCACCUCACCACUGAGGCCCUCAUGUGGAACCAGAACGCCAAUCAGACCACUAUCUCUGGGAUGACUUCUGAGGAUUUUCGAUCUCGACUGAAUGAGGCUCUGCGUGAGGCCGGAUAUGACAUCGACGGAGAGAGGUACCCGGAGGGGUACCAAGAGGCGCCAUUGGCUUAUGACGCGGUUUGGGCGGUCGCAUUAGCUUUCAACAAGACGAUGGAAAAACUGGAAAAGAGCGGGCUGAGCUUAAAAAAUUUUACGUAUACCAAUAAAAAGAUUGCAGACGAUAUAUACGAGGCCAUAAACUCAACGUCAUUCCUUGGUGUGUCGGGUCUGGUGGCAUUUUCAUCCCAAGGUGACCGCAUAGCUUUAACGCAAAUCGAGCAGCUGUCGGAGCAACAUUACGUGAAGCUCGGGUACUACGACACGCAAGCCGACAACCUGACGUGGUUGGACCGCGAGCGGUGGGUCGGUGGCAAGGUCCCGCCGGACAGGACGGUGAUAGUGAACGAGCUGCGGACGGUCUCGCUGCCGCUGUUCGCUUGCAUGGCGUCGCUGUGCGUGGCCGGGAUCAUUGCGGCUAUUGCGCUCAUUAUAUUCAACUGCAUACACCGGCAUAGAAGGGUGAUCCAGUGGUCGCACCCAGCGUGCAACACGGUGAUGCUGUGCGGUUGUUGUAUCUGCCUGGGCGCGGCCGUGGCGCUCGGCGUCGACGGCCGCUGGGUGCAGCCGCAGCACUUCCCCGGCCUGUGCGCGGCCCGCGCGUGGCUCCUGGCCACCGGCUUCUCGAUGGCGUACGGCGCCAUGUUCACGAAAGUCUGGCGUGUGCACAGGCACACUACUAAACCUAAGCCUGAUACCAAGAAACGUAUGCACGGCUGGAAACUAUACACCAUGGUGGGCGGUCUGUUGGUGGUGGAUGCGACGCUGCUCACCACGUGGCAGCUGCGGGACCCGCUGCAGCGCGAGGUGGAGACCUUCUCGCUGGAGUCCCCGCGACACCACGACGAUGACGUCCACAUCCGGCCCGAGCUCGAACACUGCGAGAGUAAAAACAAUACCGUCUGGCUAGGACUGAUGUACGGCUACAAAGGGCUGGUGCUGGUAUUUGGGCUAUUCCUGGCCUACGAGACGCGGUCCGUGAAGGUGCGGCAGAUCAACGACUCGCGCUACGUGGGGAUGAGCAUCUACAACGUGGUGGUGCUGUGCCUCAUCACCGCGCCCGUCACGCUCGUCAUCGCCUCGCAGCAGGACGCCUCCUUCGCCUUCGUCUCGUUGGCGAUCGUUUUCUGCUGUUUCCUCAGUAUGGCACUGAUAUUUGUUCCUAAGGUCGUGCAGGUGAUCGAGGUGAUCCGGCACCCCACGGAGCGCGCGGAGAGCGGUCGGGGCUCCGGCUCCGGCUCCGCGCCCGCCGACGAGGAGCGCUACCGCGAGCUCGUCAAAGAGAACGAGGAACUGCAGAAGCUCAUUGCGCAGAAAGAGGACCGCAUACGAGUGUUGAAACAAAAGCUGUCGGAGCGAGAAGCGGCGGCGGCGGACGGCGUGACGCAAGGUACGGCCGUCGUGUUCGCGGACCUGACCACCGCCACCUCUGACUAUGGCACCUCCACCAAUUACACGCGCUCCUCGCGAGCUUCAGUAUCCGACCCCGAAUUUUCCGAAAGUUACCUCUAAAUCUACUCGUCCAGAGGCAGCAAAAUGAUUGUGAUGACCGGCAUAACUUAAGCUUCUCGUAGGUAAACUACAGAAAGUAAAUACGUUUAAAGCACAGUUGUCUUAAAUCGUAUAAACAAAUUGCAUGGGUAUGGCGAUGAAAAUAAAUAGAGGCGUGCAAAAUUCACUGCUAUACAGCAUUUUGUAGCUCUCCAUAAGGCAAAACUAAUUUUUAUUCAACUAUUUUGCUGCGUCUGGUUGAAGUUUCAUUCAAUUAGUUUUAUACAAUUUCCCUGUUUUAGACCAUUAUUUAAUAUUAAUAUUAAAAUUAGGACCUGUUAUUAAAAUACCUGACAUGAGUUAUUUUUAUCAAUCCGAACACAUUUUAAAAUAUACCGUCAUUGUUAUUUAAAAAAAAAUCGGUGAAUAACAAUUUUAAUAGGGGCCUUACGGAUGUCUACCACAUAUACCUACUUACAGACUCCAUACUCAAGGCUUUGCGUAAUAAAUGAAUAACUAUAAUUCUUCAACGAACAGUUUGCUGGCUCUUCGAGGACAGAACUGUCCGAAAUGUCAAAUUAGAAUUCAAAAAUCGACUGGCCGUGAAGUAAAUGCUUUUUACACGACUGCCCAAAAAAAAGAGUGUAUUGUUUUCAGCGUUCAUGUUUGUAUGUAUGAGAGUUUCUUUAUUCCAACGUAAUUUUCAUUUAAAUUUGAAUUGAAAUCCACAAAACAUUGUCAUAUAAAUUAGUAAGUAUAAAAUAAAAUACACUAAUGCAAUAAAAUGUUCUUGCAUCGUACCUACCUAACAAUUUCUACAUUUGAUAUUCGCAAUUUAUAGUUUCGCCACAAUAAGUGCGAUACAUUUUAUUAUUUCUCCAUUGCGUUCGCACUGGCUAGUAACAGAGAAGCCUAACAAACGAUUAACAGUAAUGUGUCCAUGAUUUUCAACAAAAGUCCAAUUUGUGCUCUUUUUUUACCCUUUUAGAUAGAUCGUAUUUGCGUAUAUAUGGAUAAGUGUCUCUUUUAUUCUAUCGGUAAAAAGGAAAUGGCUAUAUCAAUACUAAAUAUUACCAAAUUCUACACACUCGGCCGUGUGUUGCGAGCAUAGUUAAUUAAACACGUUCACUGUGAUUAAUUUGUUUUGUUUGCGCAAAGAAAUAUAGCAAACUACAAAAAAGGAAUCUAAAUAAAAUACCGAUGGCUUAUUUUUUUAUAUAAUUAAGUCAUACAUUUUUCGAAGAUUAAUAAGCCGUCGAGUAUUUUAUAGGACCCUCUGCGCUCCCUGUACCUAAUCGCUCAUAUUUUGUGAAAACGUUGAAGUCAUCCCCUCUGUACCUACCUCACGUCUUGUGUAAAUUAAAAACCUACUGCACGUUAUUACCGUGUUUUAUGAUAUGUUUACAUAUAUUUCCUUAUUAUUAUUAGACUGAAUUAGCGUUACAAUCUACAUUUAGAUUAAUGACCACUAUUCUAUGAUAAUACCUAUGGCAUUACACAGUAAUUAUUGACAACCUCCAAGGACUCGUCGUAGUACCUAGUUUCUGUUUAAGUUAUUUUCUACUAUUUUUUAUCCGAAGCUCACAGUCCAACUGGUCAUUACCUACAACGAUGUUUUCAUCUAUUUUAGUAGUAUACGUAGGUAACUAUAAAAAUAUAUUUACCAUUGUCUUCGGAUAACUUACACAUUUACAUAUUUUAUUGGCACAAAUGAUACGAUUAAAAUAGUUUAAGCGUUAAAUUACUGUCGCUAAUAAUUGGUUUAAGUUUAUGAAGUAAUUCUAAAGAUUUGUCGUUUGUGUAAAUUAUAUGAAAAUGAAUGAUCUUGUUUGCGACAGUGAUUUCUCUGAAAUUCAUGCAGUCAAAUCUCGUUAUGCCGCACCCCCUUCCCCGCCUGGAACUUCUUACGAGACGCGUCUCAAGUGUGUUGUAAAACUCUGCCUCAUGUUACAGUUGUUAUUUAUUGUAAAUGAGAAGUCCCAAACUGUUUGUGUUGGGAGAUUCUUCACCUACCGUAGGUACAUCAUGAAUUAACAAUCUGGUAUAUUGUGUUGUGUCACAUGUCGAGCCGUAUACAGCAGCAUGCAACGUAAGUAGUUUGAAGAUGUCACCCGUUCCUUGUAGCUCGAGAUUAGGUACUUGUGUUGUGUUACCUACCUCAAGACUUGCAUGGUACCCCGCACUCACGCUGCACUAUCGCCCCGUAUAUAGACCUACCUUUCAACACCGAUCCACAAGUUUACUAGCCACGAAUGCGAGCUUCCUCACAUUCUUAUGUGCAAAAUGUUCGCACCCCUUACAGACAGAUGUUCUAAUCUAUAUAAACAACGUUUUUCGGAUGGAGCUGAGUAGCUGCCCAACACGGCACUUAUAAUUGUCGCUUGAUUGUGUAAAAAAAAUAUAUUAACUUGAUGUAAAACAUUCAUUAAAAUGCUAAGUAACGAGAUUUCCUUGCAUGAAUGUUGUUAUCGUUGUUUUAACGAAUUUAUGCUUAUUGCUGGAUGGAGCUAUUGAUAUCUUAAGGGUUGAUACGUAUUUUGAUAUUUUAAGUAGUCAUAAUUUAAUUAGGAUAUGCGUAUAAUAUUAUGCUCACUCACUGCGUUGAAUACGAGUAGGGUAGAUUGAAAUUUGAGUGUAAUUUUGGUUUGUUGACAACAAUAGUCAAAACUAUUAAUUAGUAUUUAAACUAAGUUAUUUUGUGUGUUGGCUAUUAGCAAACAGCAAGAGGUAUAAAAGUGUUUUAAAAAAGUGAUAUAUUUAUUUAUAGGAGUUUUACAAUGCACCUUUAAUGAAAGAGUAAAUAAUUUUCAUUUGUCGGUUUAUUAACGUGAAAGCGAGUUUCUUUGCGGUGUUAUUAAAAAUCGAUCCAGCGGUUUAAAGAGUGUCAGCUCAUUUCCAAAAUAAUCUAAGGCAUUUUUGGCAUAAAAUGGUACCUAUAUAAUGUUACUGAUCAGCGUAGGGUUUUUUAUUUUAUUUUUACAAAGACUGUCAGUUAGUGGGGGUUUAAUCGUCUUUCUUCUUCUCGAUUUCCGACUGAGCUGAAAUUUUGCAUACAUAUGUAAAUCCAUCCGAUAUGAACGUAAAAAAGUGGGACAUACUCUUAGUUCGGAGAAUUAUGCACAUUCAGUCCUUUUUAGUUGUAAAUAGGACUAGUAAAUUCUAAUUUCAAGUUCAGAUAUUCUGUGUUCAUGAAAUACGUUGAAUUAGUGCGUUUUUUAGUCGACCAUCUCCUGUAAGCUUUAUUGUCACUAUUUUAAAACGCCUUAUUACCUUAAAAUAUAAUUGUGUUGCAUUAUAUACUCAAGAGAAAUGAAAUGAAAAUAUAUUUGCAUAUAAUCUCUAGCUAAAUUUACCCAUUUUCAUUGCCUUUGACUAUAUAAUGUAUGUAUAUAUGUAUAUGUACAGUGUUGAGUACGUGAUCGACAUUGUCUAGGCACCUUAGGGGCCGUAGCCAAGUUGACAAUCGUUAAUCUAUAAACCCCAAGCAAAAAGUAAAUCGGAAUGGCAGAUCAGAACAUACAUACUUUAAGUUUCAAUUGGCUUUUUUUAAAAAUUAGGUGCCACUUGGCUAAACCUCGAGGCCUAGACAAUUCGUACUAGUCGUUGCAUCAACGGAUGAAAGGAUUAGAACAUAUAUACCUACCUACAGCUUUCCCAAUUUGUCUUUAUUUGCUUUUUUAAUUAUCUAACUCUGUACAAUAUUUACCCUUUUAACGGCGUAUGUAAAUAUUGUGCGAAAAAGUGAAAAUAAAUUGUGACACACUCGUAGUUCAAAGUUGCGAUGGUUGUUAAAAGGUUAAACAUGGUCAUCUGUUUAUGUUAAUUCAUUCUGCCCAACACAGAAUAGGUUCUCAUUAUAU